CUUUUAGCUGCACCUUCUCCAAGGAGAGAGAAAGAAGAGAGAAAUUAAAAUUACUUUUGUUUUACACAUGCAUAUCCAGAUGCUUCACAUUCUUGACACAGCUCAACUCGUCUAUAUAAGCAGCUCACAGCUUUAGCUUUGCUUCUCACAUUAUCACUCAGACACUCACACAUACACAGUCUUCUCCUAGAUUAAUCUGAGCUCUUCUUGCCGGGAUGGCGAAGAAGCAGAGCUUGUUGCUUGCAAUGAUGCUCGUCGUCGCAGGAUUGGCUGUGUCGGCGAUGGCGGAUAGGAAGCUGAUGUCUUUGGUCAAGCCCCAGCCGAACCAGCUCACGUACCACAAUGGCGCCGUGCUGAGCGGCGACAUCCCCGUGUCGAUCCUCUGGUACGGCCGGUUCACGCCGGCGCAGAAGGCCGUCGUCACCGACUUCGUCCUCUCGCUCGCCGCGCCGCUGCAGGCGGCGCCGGCGCCGUCGGUGUCGCAGUGGUGGGGUAGUAUUCACCGGCUGUACCUCUCCAAGGCGGUGGCCGUCGGCAAGAACGGGGGCGCGCACGGCGGCGGCGGCGGCGGCCGGGCCAAGAACGCGCGCGUGGUGCUGUCCGGGCAGGUCUCCGACGAAGGGUGCUCGCUGGGGAAGAGCCUGAAGCUGUCCCAGCUGCCCACGCUGGCGGCGAGGGCGAGGCCGGGGAAGGGCGGCGUCGCGCUGGUGCUGACGGCGCAGGACGUGGCGGUGGAGGGGUUCUGCAUGAGCCGGUGCGGCACGCACGGGCCGGUGUCGCGCGCCGGCGCGGCGUACGCGUGGGUGGGCAACUCGGCGACGCAGUGCCCGGGGCAGUGCGCGUGGCCGUUCCACCAGCCGGUGUACGGUCCCCAGGCGGCGCCGCUGGUGCCACCCAGCGGCGACGUGGGCAUGGACGGGAUGGUGAUCAACGUGGCCAGCAUGGUGGCCGGCGCGGUGACCAACCCGUUCGGCGACGGGUUCUACCAGGGGGAGCGCGGCGCGGCGCUGGAGGCCGCGACGGCGUGCACGGGCGUGUACGGCAAGGGCGCGUACCCGGGCUACGCCGGCGCGCUGCUGGUGGACAAGGCCACCGGCGCCAGCUACAACGCGCACGGCGCGCACGGCCGGAAAUACCUCCUCCCGGCGCUCUUCGACCCCGACACGUCCGCCUGCUCCACGCUCGUGUAACCUGUCCACCACGCGUCGGGUUGUGUAUUGUGUACAUGCUGAUAGUAGUAUGUCUGUAUGUAUGUAUGUGAUGUGAGUACGUGACCAUGUUGUGUACAUAAGUUCGUGUCAAACUCGAUCGGCUAUGUUUGGCUCUUCCUGCUGCCUGCCUGCCUGCUUGCUGGGUAGCAACAACUAUAGCAAAGUUAGCGACGCUUUAUAAAUAAAAAGAACUUUUGAAUUUGUAA